CGCCUCGUCAAUGGGCUACGGCUAUCACUGUUAUCGACUCUCACAGCCGAAAACCAUCUCAUUUUCUUCUUCCUCUUCGUCUACGGACCGCGGUAUCGUAUCCGUAAAGUUGAAGAAAGUUGUGCCGAGUGGCUCAUGAUUGUUAAACAUGGCAUGAACUGUCAAUUUGCCUUUUUGGGAAGCAAAAAAGAUUUUAUGUUGGCUUCCUCGGCUAUUUUCAGAAGACAACAGUUCUUGAUAAGGUCUCUUGGGGGUUGCACCAAUCAAACCCAUCAGAAAAGAAUGCAAGAAACUAGGGCACUGAGUGGGACUUCCUUGGAAGCCGAUGCUGAGCAUAUUUUGCGAGCAAUUACUCCAACCCUUGAUCUCAAUAAACAUAAAGGCCAGGCUGGAAAGAUAGCUGUUAUUGGCGGGUGUCGUGAAUACACAGGUGCUCCAUAUUUUGCAGCUAUUUCUGCUUUAAAAAUUGGUGCCGAUUUGUCUCAUGUUUUCUGUACAAAAGAUGCCGCUCCAGUCAUAAAAAGCUACAGUCCUGAGUUGAUUGUGCAUCCUGUUCUAGAAGAAUCCUACAGUGUUAGGGAUGAGGACAAGCUAUCCAUAUCCGGCAAGAUUCUUGCUGAGGUUGAUAAGUGGAUGGAAAGAUUCGACUGCCUUGUUGUUGGUCCAGGCCUUGGAAGGGACCCAUUUCUUCUGGACUGUGUUAGCAAAAUCUUGAAGCAUGCAAGACAGUCCAAUGUCCCAAUUGUUAUAGAUGGGGAUGGACUUUUUCUUGUUACGAACAGUCUCGAUCUUGUUAGUGGUUAUCCCUUGGCUGUCCUUACCCCAAAUGUAAAUGAAUAUAAGCGCCUCAUUCAGAAAGUGCUGAAUUGUGAAGUUAAUGAGCAAGACACUCAUGAGCAAUUACUAGCUCUAGCCAAAGGGGUUGGUGGUGUAACCAUCCUACAGAAAGGAAAAUCUGACCUCAUUAGUGAUGGUGUGACAGUAAAAUCAGUUAGCAUCUAUGGUUCUCCAAGACGCUGUGGUGGCCAGGGCGAUAUACUUUCUGGAAGUGUUGCAGUAUUUUUAUCAUGGGCCCGUCAACAUCUUUCAGCUGCAGAAGGGGAUACGAGUAUCAGCAAAAUUAAUCCAACAAUAUUGGGUUGCAUUGCUGGGUCUGCUUUGAUGAGGAAGGCGGCAUCACUUGCUUUUCAGAAUAAGAAAAGGUCUACCCUCACUACUGAUAUCAUCGAGUACUUGGGGACAAGUUUGGAGGAUAUAUGUCCUGCCUGUUGAUGCUGUUGUUUCAUAGUCCGGAGUUCACAGGGUGGGUGGCACCUAGGAGAGAGAGAUUCCUGGGCUGAACCUACUUUCUAUUCUCCCUCCCCCUCUUUUUCUCUCUCUCGCUCCUACUGUGUACACUUUAAUUAAUAAGAGGAGCAGUAAAAGCAGUGUUGAAGAGGUA